AUGACGCUUCUCUUCGCUGAAGGCUCCAAGACAACUGAGCUGUCAGAUACACGACUGCGUGAGAUCGUGCACGAGACGCUACAAAAGCUUGAAAUGGAACGUAAGGCCAAAUUUGAGCGUGCAGUGAUUGUACCCCCGGACUUUACACGCUUUCACUCAAAGUCCGGUGUGUUGUCACAGUAUGCAUACGAGUAUUUACACGACAAGGUGACGGACGUGCUGCCAGCACUGGGCACACAUGACGCUAUGACGGACGAUGAGAUUAGCAAGAUGUUUGGCGAUAUUCCCAAGGAUAUCUUUCGUGUGCAUGACUGGAGGAACGACGUGGUGACAAUUGGCCAAGUGCCUGCAGACCUCAUUCUAGAGGCCAGUGACGGCAAAGUGAACGAGCCAUGGCCGGCACAAAUCAAUAAACUGCUGUGGGAAGGCGGCCAUGACUUGGUGCUUUCUAUCGGACAAGUUGUCCCGCAUGAGGUCAUGGGAAUGGCCAAUUUCAAUAAGAACAUUUUCGUUGGCACUGGAGGUAGUGAGGGUAUCAACUUUUCGCACUUCAUCGGCGCCGUAUAUGGCAUGGAGCGAAUGAUGGGACGUGCUGACAACCCUCUGCGCCGUAUCCUGAACUAUGCCUCCACCCACUUCCUGCAGAAGUUACCUCUCAUCUACAUCCAGACAGUGAUCGGACGGGGAGAAAAUGGAGACCUCGUGACACGAGGCAUUUUUAUCGGAGACGAUGAAGAGUGUUUCAUGAAGGCUGCCGAGCUGUCGCUGGAGGUAAACUUUGAGCUCUUGGAUGCGCCAAUUGACAAAGUUGUGGUGUACCUGGACCCGGAAGAGUUCAAGUCCACGUGGCUCGGCAACAAGUCCAUCUAUCGCACACGCAUGGUUAUUGCAGAUGAUGGCGAACUGAUCGUGCUUGCUCCAGGCGUAGCUCGCUUUGGCGAGGAUAAGCGUAUUGACGAACUUAUUCGCAAAUACGGCUACCGCACGACGCCGGAAGUGCUAGCCCACCUCCAUGCUAACCGUGACCUCAUGCAAAAUCUGAGCGCAGCAGCGCAUUUAAUUCAUGGCUCGUCCGAAGGCCGCUUCCGCGUCACGUAUUGUCCAGGACAUCUCACAAAAGAAGAAAUCGAGGGUGUUGGUUUUGCCUACGGUGAUCUCAAGGAAAUGAGUGUCAAGUACCCUAUUGACAAGCUCCAAGACGGCUGGAACACAGACGUAAAUGGCGAGCGAUUCUUCUACAUCUCCAACCCCGCGUUGGGCUUGUGGGCUUACCGUGGACGCUUCGAAAGCUCGUGUGCAUCUACCAUUGCUCCAACUGCUUCAAUUGCCACGACAACCAGUCUGUCGUCUUCCGCUGAUACGACCGAGGCCUGCCUCGAUGCUGGUGUGGGUGGUGGUCCUUUCAAACACACAUAA